UUAAUGGGAGUUUCUAGACUAGCCCAAGUCCGAGGGAGACACUUACCACAAAACACUUUCCUCUCAGGGCGUUGCCAUAGCCAUGGAACGUCAGCAUUCCUUUCACGACUGCUGAUCAACAAGAGCAACCAGAAGGAUCAAGUCCUUCCAUUUUUCACAACUAGACCCGUCGUUAGAGCACUUGCAACUCAAGCAUCAACGAUGGUGAAGGUGAUCAGAGUUCAUGAGCUCGGUGGACCAGAGGUCCUGAGGUGGGAGGAUGUAGAAAUAGGAGAGCCAAAGGAGGGUGAGAUCCGUGUGAAGAACAAGGCAAUUGGACUCAACUUUAUUGAUGUGUAUUUCCGAAAAGGAGUUUACAAAGCUCCUACUAUGCCCUUCACUCCAGGCAUGGAGGCUGUUGGAGUGGUGACCGCUGUUGGCCCUGGAUUAACUGGCAGGAAAGUUGGGGAUGUCGUUGCUUAUGCUGGUAGACCAAUGGGUGCAUACAGUGAAGAACAGAUCCUUCCUGCCAAUGUAGUGGUGCCUGUCCCACCUUCUAUAGAGCCUAUGCUUGCAGCAUCUGUCUUGCUUAAGGGAAUGACAGCUCAGUUCCUUCUCCGCAGGUGUUUCAAGGUUGAAUCUGGACACACGGUCCUUGUUCAUGCAGCUGCUGGUGGAGUUGGUUCUCUGCUCUGCCAAUGGGCUAAUGCACUGGGUGCCACUGUUAUUGGAACUGUGUCAAAUGAAGAAAAGGCAGCUCAAGCGAAGGAAGAUGGAUGCCACCAUGUCAUAAUUUACAACAAAGAGGAUUUUGUUGAAGCUGUCAAGAACAUAACAUCAGGAGAAGGAGUCCAUGUUGUCUAUGAUUCUGUGGGAAAAGAUACAUUCCAGGGAUCAUUGGCAUGUUUAAGGACUCGGGGUUACAUGGUGAACUUUGGGCAGUCAUCGGGUAUACCAGAUCCAGUUCCAUUGCCUGCUCUUGGAGCAAAAUCCUUGUUCUUGACGAGGCCCUCACUCAUGCAGUACACUGAAACCAGGGAUGAAUUGCUGAAAAGCGCUGGGGAGGUCUUUGCAAACGUGGAUUCAGGUGUCCUACGUGUUCGUGUCAAUCACAAAUACCCGUUGGCGCAAGCGGCGCAGGCCCAUGCAGACCUUGAGAGCCGGAAGACAUCUGGUUCUGUAGUGUUGAUACCAGAUGGUGGAGAGUUGUAAAUCACACAAAUACAAACACUUUUAGGUUGUUGCUAUUAUAUGAAACCCGUGUGCUUUUAUAUGAAAUUGGGGUUUGAGUCUGGUUUGCAGCCAACUGCCAUUGCAAAUACUGAAUUUCCUUUUUAAUCGUAGAAGACAGGAUUUUGGCAAAUCUCUUAAAUUUUCUGAAACUUCUAUAGAUACCUGAACAGAUGCAAUCUGAUUAGGUGAUUAAAUUUUCUGAA